AAAUUGUCAAUGUCAAAUAGAAGAAACAGCUGGAAGGUGGCGAAAUAUAUGUUUUUACGCUCACAACCUAAAACAUUAAAAUUAUUUAUAAAUCCGAGUCUUAUAUUUUGUAAAUUAUUACUUAAAAGGAUUUCAAAUUUCCAAAAUGCCAAAGAAGUUUGUCGGUGAAAAUAGUAAAGCAGUCGCUGCUCGACAACGGAAAGAAAAUGCGAAACAAGAAAAGGACCAGAAACUAAAAAAGAUGAUCGAGGAUGCUGAAUGGGAUGACAAUGACGACAAAUUGAAGAAAAAGCAGCAGAAAAAGGAGGAACAAGAGAAAAAACGCCUAGAACAGCUUCAAAAGAAAGCGGAAGCGAAGGCACUUUUGGAGAAAGAGAUGGAAUCUAUUAAGGGCAAAGCUAUUCCACCUCCACCAAAGAUAACACGGGCACAAAUCACUCAAAUGAAGGAGAAGACUAUUAAGGCUGAACCUGAGAAACCAUUGCCUCCUAAAGUUGUUGUUGAGGAGCCUGUUCUUACAGAGAACUUGAACAGGCUACAAAUCGAUGGGGAAUUGGCUCAGUCUGUUGAUGAAGCUAUUUCAAUAUUGAGUGAUAAGGUAGACAUAGAUAAACAUCCAGAAAAGAGAUUGAAAGCAGCUUAUACAGCAUUUGAGGAGAUUAAUCUACCCAGGCUUAAAGCGGAGAAUCCCUCUCUUAGGCUAUCUCAACUGAAGCAAAUGCUGAGGAAGGAAUGGUUAAAAUCCCCUCAAAAUCCGCUCAACCAAAAGGUUUAAAUAUCACCAGAAUUCUCAAAUGUGGAAGCUAAAGAACCUGAGUCAGUGUUGCUGAAGGAGAAAAAAAAGUGUGUCUACGGUUGCAAAUGUUCUUGUUAAGUUUAUAAUAUAAAAUGCAUGAUAUAUUUGUCACUCUAUAACUGCAGUAUAAAAAAUAAAAGCAGCAAUGAAAAAUAGAAAAAAUAAUUUAUUGAAAAUCUUAAAACAUUUAUUUGUACGGCAUUGUAAAUAAAA